CCAAGGCCGUCCGGUUCCAAUCGACGCCGACAUUCAGCUUUAUCGAACCCACACAGUGUACGGAUACCGGCUACGAUGGGGAGUCUAGUCUUCAAUUACUACGAUGGCCGCGAUAUCACGGACGCCAUGCUCGAAGCUGCCGCCAAGCUUUUCAACAACAACUACGGGAUCUGGGACGAGCGCCUAGGCAGAAAAGGUCGGGUAAAGCUGAGCGCCCGCCGGCUUCGGGAAAACUAUCUGCCACAGGGCGCCACGACAGUCUACGCCAGUGUUACCAGCGAUGGAGCCCUCGUCGGCAACGUCUUCGCCUGCCGCUGGCGAUGUGGCGACAAGUCGGUUUGCUGGGUGACGCAGCUGGUCGUGGCUCGGGGCUUUCGCGAAAGGGGACUCGCCAGCUCUCUCCUCAGGCUGAUGCGCCAGGACACCGACAGUAUCUAUGGCAUCAUGAGCUCUCACCCUGCUGCGAUUCUAGCCUCGGCCAAGGCCUUCGGACGGACCUUCGCGCCACUGGAUCUCGACUUCAUGCGGACACAAGCUGCCGCUGUCAUGGUGGAAUCGCCCAUCUCCUAUGUCAAAGAUGCCAAACUAUCCGGGUCCCUCUUCCUUGACGACACCAGCGGGCUCGUGGCUGGGGUUGAUACACGUUUCUUUCUCGACCACACAGAGCCAUCCGAAGCCCUAGAGAGGAGGAGAAAGCACGGGUGGCCGCUAGGAGUGCUGCCAGCUGGCCAUGAGUUUAUUCUUGUUCUUCAGGUCUAGCAUCGGCGGUCCCGGUCCCUGUAGUAUCUCCACCAAACACUGCGGGGUUUGAUGGGGCUUUGCCAGGCGCCCGACUCCAGUGCAUGUCCGAUAGUUUAUACGGAGGAAAGGGGGCUAUAAGACCAGGGCGAAACGAAGCCCUGGAAGGCAAACAGAAGAACCUGCGAUACACCAUAACUAGGUACUACUUAAACCUGCCCUACACCUGGGAAUGCCACUGCGGCA